AUGGCAUACAAGGGACGAAUUGCCAUCAUCGCUGGAGGGAUCGGCGGCCUAGGGUCGACGACGGCUUUCCACCUUUGGAAGCUAGGAGCCAGCGUUGCGCUCUUGUAUGCCCCGUUUGAAGCGUCACGGGUCAACGAGACCCUGAAGAGGGUCUUUGAUAGCGAGACAGCCGACAAGGUCUACACCUUUGAGUGCGACAUCACUUCGGAAUCCUCAGUCCACGAUGUUUUUGAUCAGAUUGCCAAGUUGGACGGUUUCCCCUGCAUCUUGAUAAAUGCGGCGGGCUACGUGUCCGUGCAGCCACUCGAAGAGACUUCGGCAGAGGAGGCACUGAAGAACUUCCUCCCCAACAUGCUGGGUCCAUUCAUCACGAGCAACGCAUUCUUCCGGCUGUACCAGGCCAAAAAAGCGGAGGUGGCUACUGUAGCUGCAGAAGCGGAAGCAGAAGACAAGAAGGGCAAGGCGCCACCGGGGGGAAGGAUCGUCAGCAUCGCCUCGCAGGCCGCACACGUCGCCUUGGACGGCCAUGGAGCGUACUGUGCGUCAAAAGCCGGCCUGCUCGGCCACACCAGGUGCAUGGCAAGCGAAUGGGGUCCAAAAGGCAUCACGGCAAAUACUGUAAGUCCGACGGUUACGUGGACACCGUUGGCUGCGAAAGCAUGGGCAGAUGAAGCGAAGAAGGAGAAGCAUCUCGCUCAGAUACCAACGGGGAGAUUCAGUGAGCCGGCAGAGAUUGCCCAUGCGAUUGGAUUUCUGUGCCGUGACGAAAGUGCCAUGAUCAAUGGAGCGGAUAUUCGAGUGGAUGGCGGUUUCACUAUUGCCAGGUAGCUGUCGUUCAUCUGAAACACACAAAAUCUAGCGGGAACAGACACAAAU